AUGGCUACUGGAGGAGUGCAGGCCGCCAUCGAGCCUUUUAGCGGCAAGAACUGGUCAUCCUGGAUCCAGCGCCUGACCUUCUACUUCGUGGCGAAUGACGUCUGCGACGAACAAAAGAAGCGCGCGCUCCUCCUGACGCUAUGCGGAGCCGACACCUUUGAAACUGCCUGCGCUCUGGUCGCGCCGAAGACUCCUGGAGAGGUGGGCUAUGCCGACAUAGUUGCCCUUCUGCAGAAACACUUCGAUCCACGACCGUCUGAGUUGUACAGCCGGUACGUGUUCCAGCGACGCGAUCAGCGGCCGGAAGAGUCGAUCAGCAACUACGUUGCAGCUCUCAGAAGCUUGUCAGCUGACUGCAACUUCGGAGUGCCAGCGACAACGUCUGUUACAUCGACGCCACCGGCAGAAGGCCACGCAGCCGUUCUGGCGAACCCCACCAUGCUGCCCCAAGAUGUGAUGCUUCGCGACAGGUUCGUGUGCGGCAUCCGCGACGAGCACCUCCAGCAGCGACUGUUCGCGGAGAAAGACUUGACUUUUCAACGCGCGUUGGACUUGGCACUGUCGUCCGAAAGUGCGUCGAAGCAGCAACGAGGACUUAAGGGAGCGACGAGCUCCGCGGAGGUGCACAAGACUUCGCAGUCUAAAAAGGAAAGCAAGCAUUCGGCUCAGCAACGGCGCUGCUACCGAUGCGACGGCUGGCACGAGGCUGACACCUGCAAAUUCAGGACAGCGCAAUGCCGUUUUUGUUCCAAAAAGGGCCACAUCGAGAACGCCUGCAUCUCCAAAAAGAAGAAAAACAAAGAAGGCAACCUCAACGCCCGGCAAGGAACUCACAUGGUUAACGCCCAACCUGUGUGCUACGACCUCGAAGACACCGAUAGGUGCUACGACCUACAUGCCGUGAGUGGGCGACAACCCUGCCCUAAAUUCCUCGUUGACGUGAAAGUCGAGGGAAGGCCCCUGAAAUUCGAAGUGGACACGGGCGCCGCAUGUUCUCUCAUCAGUGAGGCUACCUACCACCAAACGUGGCCAGCGAACGCCCCAAAGCUUUCGAGAGAACCCCUAGACUUACGCACCUGGUCAGGGGAAGAACUUGACACCGUCGGUUCGGCACAAGUUCGUGUGCGUUUCAAAUCAAAGGACUACGUGCUGCCCCUGCUGGUAAUGAAAGGGACUGGGUGCAACCUGCUCGGACGUGACUGGUUUUCAGCACUGAACAUCCGUGUGCACGGAAUAAACCAGGUCGCCGAACCAAGCCAAGAGAUCCAGGAGGUUCUCGCACGCCAUCCUGAUGUAUUUAAGGAAGGUAUCGACGGCUACGUGGGUCCAUUGGUUCACUUGGACUUGGAAGAAGGUGCCACACCCAAGUUUUGCAAAGCACGUCCAGUACCUCUAGCUUACCAAGAGCCUAUGGAGGAAGAGCUCGACCGUCUGAGCACAGUUAACGCGGUGGUCAAGAAGACGGCGUACCCACUGCCGACAACUGCGGAGGUGUUCGCAAAGUUGCGCGGUGGAACGACAUUUUCGACGUUAGACCUGUACCAGGCCUAUCAGCAGCUAAGAGUGGACGACGAGACAGCCGCAUUGCUCACCGUCAACACCACCAAAGAACUGUUCAAGGUAGAUGAGCCAUGCUCCCCGGGAGAUGUGCUUAUGCUUGCAUCCGCGCCACGUUUCGAGCUGUCACCGCGUCAACUGGCUGAGCUGACCCGGAAUGACCCACUGUUAUCCCGCGUGAUGACAGCCGUCUCAAACGGAGAGCUACGCCGGUUGCCCAAGCAGGAAUUUUCGGCGUUCACCAAGCUUGGACACGAGCUUUCGCUACAGGAAGGCUGCGUUAUCCGUGGUGCCAGACUGGUCGUUCCAGAGAAAGCAAGGAAAGACGUGCUCGACUUAGCACAUCGGAAGCGCCGCCGCCGCAUGAUCUGCCCACAACGCCCGACUCCGAGCAUAGCGAAGCUGAGGCCAGGCUGGACACUUGUGCGACGCAAGCUCGCGAUGACCAACCCAGCGGGUCCGCGCAGCACCAAGCUGCACCAAGGCCCCAACGUGAUCGGCGUCCACCUGACCGAUACGGUGACCCCGUCUAAGGGGUAA